CAGAUUCAGGACGCUUAAUAAAGUUUCUUCUUUUUCCCCUAAACAUCGCUUUCGUUUACAUUGUUCUUAGGGUUUCGAUCUUCGUUCAACUCAUUUUUUUUUAUUCCUCGGAAUUCGAUUCCGUUAUCAGUCUUCUCCUCUCUCAUUCUCCUGCAAUUUCGCCUCGAUUGGGUCCUCCCAAUCACCCUUUCUGAUCGGCGAAAAAAGUUACCUUCUUUUGGUGAUUCUCGAGGAGAAAAAGACUCAUCCUUUUAUGUAAAGUAAGUGACUCUGAUGUGAGAUCUCGGUUUGUUAAUCUGUUUUGAUGAGGAAGAAGCGGAAAGGAAGUAGUGAAGCUGAAGGCUCCGAGGAUUUAACAUGUGCCUCUGCUUCACGAUCAUCCAACUUCAGGUCCCACUUUUCGCUAGAAGGCUACGCUAGACUCAAGAAGCGUUGCAAGGAGAAUGAUGAUGACACUGACUCUGUUGGUUGUUCCUUCAAGAGACGCCUCGCCGGCGUCGCUACUGCGCCUCCCUGUGGUGCUUCGUCUCUGGUUUCGUCAGGGAGAGGUUUGAAGAGGAAGAUUGGGUGUAUAGAUGUUUCUACGCAGACUGGUAGGAAGAAUAGGAUUGAUGAUGAUUAUGUGUUUGGUCCUAAUAUUGGGAAAGGGAAGUUCGGGUCGGUUAGGAUGUGUAGGUCGAAGAGUAAUGGGAUUGACUUUGCUUGUAAAACUUUAAAGAAGGGUGAGGAGACUGUUCAUAGGGAGGUUGAGAUUAUGCAGCAUUUGUCUGGUCAUCCUCGGGUUGUUACAUUGCAUGCUGUCUAUGAAGAGGCGGAUUGUUUUCAUCUUGUGAUGGAGCUGUGUUCUGGUGGACGUUUGAUUGAUCAGAUGGUUAAGGAGGGGAGGUACUCUGAGCAAAGAGCGGCUAAUAUAUUCAAGGACCUUAUGCUAGUUAUCAAUUAUUGUCAUGAGAUGGGUGUUGUGCAUAGAGAUAUCAAACCUGAGAAUAUUCUCUUAACAUCUGCUGGGAAGAUUCAGUUAGCUGAUUUUGGCCUCGCCAUGAGAAUUGCAAAAGGUCAAACGUUGUCUGGAUUGGCAGGAAGUCCUGCUUAUGUAGCACCUGAAGUUCUUUCUGAAAGUUAUUCAGAGAAAGUUGACGUGUGGAGUGCAGGAGUACUCUUAUACGCUCUCUUAUCUGGUGUGCUCCCUUUUAAGGGAGACUCUUUGGAUGCUAUCUUCGAAGCAAUCAAGAAAGUGAAGCUUGAUUUCAACUCAGGAGUGUGGGAGUCAGUCUCCAAACCAGCUCGUGAUCUAUUGUCAAGAAUGCUAACAAGAGACGAAUCCGCUAGGAUCACAGCUGAUGAAGUGCUAAGGCAUCCAUGGAUACUAUUUUACACAGACAGAACACUCAAGACAAUGUGUAUCAAGUCUAAGCACAAGAGUCAAGGAGGGUCUCCUCCAUGUCUUCAGGUUCGCAGUCCGAUAAAGAUUACUGACCUAAACAGAGCUAACAGAGAGAAGAAGAAGACAACACAUGAUGAUUCACCGACUGAUUCAUUCUCCAACACAGAGGAGGAGGAAGAAGAUGAAAGCGGUGUGGUCGAUGUGCUUGUGGUUGCAAUCUCCAACGUGAGGAUCUCAGAACCAAAGAGAAGCAGAAUCUGUAGUACCACGAACAGUCCCAUUGAACAGCAACACUCUUCUAACUUGGCCACGACUAAUACACUCUGUCGAGCCUUCUGA